ACAGCAGGACCGAUUGCUAAUACGGUGCCGCAUAUUGUGACAUUUAGGAUAGACGGAUUUUUUGAUAAGCUUUUUAUUUUUGAAGUGUUUCCAAAUAAGAGCGACGUCGAGGCGAGUGUGUUCAGAGCUCGCUUAGAGCACCUGGUAGUACUGGAUAGCACGGUAACGGUUGUCCGACCGUGUUAGCUACACUUAGCAAGGUGUCAGAUGCUAACCGAGUUAACGUUACCUAACGUCUGUGACAACCCAGCCGGUUGUACAAAAAGUGAUUUUUUCACAGGCCUUUCGUGAGAGAAACGUUACGACAACUCGCUGUUGAACAUCUGUUCGUAUUCGUUCUUCAUUAGCAAGGCAACCAACCGGCCAAGUCCGAUGUGUUUGUAUCCGUUAGCAACGCUGCCUGGUUGAAAUUCAAGCUAGCAAUAGAACACUACGUUACCAGCUACGUAAACUAACGCUACAACAUCCACCAAACUGGACAAAACUUUGGAUUUUGUGGGGUUUAAAUCGGUCUCGACGGGUCCGCUGACCCCCCAGAAGAAGAUGAAGAAAAGGAAGGAGCUGAACGCCUUGAUCGGACUCGGAGACAGCAAGAGGAAGAAGACCAAAAAGGGGACAGGUCACCGACUUCUCCGCACCGAGCCGCCGGACUCCGAGUCCGAGUCCAGCUCGGACGACGACGAGUUCAACGGCAUGAGCAGCGGAGCACACGUCGGCAAGAGAAGCUACACGCAGUGCUGCAAUGUGUGCUACCCCCUGUUCCUGUUCAUCAUACUCGCUGCCUGCGUUACGGCCUGCGCUGGACUCAUAUGGAUGCAGAUCGCCCUGAAAGAAGAUCUGGACACCUUGAAAGCGAAGCUGCAAAGCAUGGAAUCCAGCCAGAAAGUGUCAUCCAGUGAAAUCCCGAAGCUGAGUGAGGACCUGAAAAACAAGGACAAGAAGCUCGACGACUUUGAGAACGGGGACAAAGGGUUGAGCAAGCUCUGGUCUAACCUAACAGAGAUGAACAGAAAGAUCAGUUUGCUGGACUCUGCAGUAAUCCAUUUGAAGGCCAACCUGAAAUCAGCUGCUGACUUGGUCAGCCUUCCCACUACGGUUGAAGAGCUUGAAAAGAGCGUUGCUAAAAUCGGCAGCACACUAACGAGUGUGCAGCAUGAUGUGAAGACUAUACAGGAUGCGCUUGAGAAUCGGAACAAAGAUGAAGAGUUGAAGAAGACGAUGGACAUCGCGGACCUGAGAAUAGCAGUGAGCGAGGCGAACCAGACGGAGGAGCUGCGCCAUGCGCGGACCGACGAGCACGUGCACGGCCUCCUCUCUGCGGUGGCCGAUCUUCAGCAGAGAGUGUCGUCGCUGGAGAACGGGUCGCAGCCAAGCACAAAGAACCCCAGUGAACGGCCGGCGACCGAAGCAGCCGCGACCACCAACGCAACGGCCGGCGGCGCGCCAGACGUAUCCACACCACUGACGGAGCCUCAGACGAGCCGGCGGCCUCGCUUCGCGACUCCGAUCCGCUCCAAGAGAAACGCUGAGACAUCGUGCCCAGAGAAGCUGAUCCUGUCUCGGGUCAAUUCUCUGAAAGACUUGGAGGACAUCUUCCAGCAGAAAGGCGUUGGACGCGACUCGGUCGGAUUUGACUUUCGCAGCUUGAGGAAGGUUUUUAGAACGUCGACCCCCGACGCGCGCACCCUGGAGUGUUUUGACAGUGACGGAAACCAGAGGUACUCGCUGGCGGAGCUGAGGGCGGCCGCAGGUUUGUGAGCACGACGUCACUGACGGCAGCGAACAGUAUUGGUCGCCCGGCGGGGUCCGGCAGUUUGAAGUUCCUGACCCACUUUCUGUAAUUGCUGCACCUUUUUGUGAACUGAAUGUUUACCGAUUGUGGCGCGCCGGCAUGCCCCAUCCUCACUGCCCCCUCCCCGGCCGGUUUCAACUCAACCUCAUUCACAAAACCACGCGCCUAGGUUUUAGGUUUCAUCCGUGUGAGUACCUGAACGCUCUUAUUUUACAUCAUUCUAUGGUUUUACAUGAAAUAUACCGUGGGAGUUGUGUGUUAUUUUGAAUCCUGUUUUCCACUUCUCAGUUCUCAGGCUUGUGGUUUUCCUGCACUUUUUUCUUUUUUGAUUUUGUUCUAUUCAGUUUCCAGUCUGGUGAUGUCACAUCUUUGUCUAUUUAGCUUCUCUGGAGGCUUUACAUUGUCAGUCUACUUCUCCACCCAUCAACACCGGGACCUGGAAGGUAGCAUUUUAGUUUGUUUAGAAAUUACUAGAAUUUCUUUUGUGUGAGUUGUUUGUUGUUUGGUUUUUAGUCUGAUUCCUUACUUUACUGAAACACAAAUUUAAGCUUAAGAGUGAGGAUCUAUAUUUUCUCUUUUCUAGGCUGUUUCAGAUUUCUUUCUAAUCAAUGUUUUUCUCUCAUUUUCAGUUAGUUGCUACAUCCUGAUUAUGUUUAGUUUGUUUGUUUUGUUGCUAUUUUGGCAUCUUUAAAUUCUACAAGUUUUGAAGGGCUAUGAACACUUUGAAUCAUUGAGUUUUAGAAGUCAACUCAUGAGUCAUAUGUAGCAAUAACAUGACUUCGACAUCGCUUGUCUAAAAUAAUAGACAGGGCACACCUUAGUGUGUAACAGGUAGUACAAGAAGCACUGACCAUCAAUGAACUUGAUUCAUUUUAUUCCAUUUUUAUGGGCUUAAUGAUGGUGUAUUACAUAACAAAUGUGUAUUCUGUAAAAAUGGUAUAAAUGUAUUCUCAGAAAUGAUCUUGUUAAGAGGGUUGGGGUUUUAAUCUUAACAUUGUACAUUUUUAAAAUAAUUCUGUUGUAAUUUGCAUGUUGCUCACAAUGUGACAUGAAAACAUUAUUUAUAAACUUAACAUAGUCGACGACUUGUUUUUGCAGGACAAUGUAACCGCUCCGUCACAUAGUGCUGCUGUAAUGGGGAGAUUUUAUGAAUGUGUUUUUUUUGUGUGAACACCAAUGAAUAAACAAAGUUAAAAGGU